UAAAUUAACGGUGCAUUGUGGGAUGUAAAAUGGCUCCAUGGUGUUGUCAGCAAACUAGCCAACCAGUCAACUCUUACAGUCAUAACGUUAUAUUUACAAAUAACUACCCUCGUUGAAGCAUUGCUAUUAAUUUCUGAAUAUUAGUAUAGAGAAUAUAGCUUUGAGAAUCAACAACUUUUAUUGCAUUCACCUCUUUUUUUUCGUCGAAACAACAGCCACCAUGUCUGCCGAAGUAGACAAAUUGAGAAGUCAGUCCAGCACAAGAAGAGAUGAUAGAAGAAGUACUGAGUCCUCCACAAGAAGAGAUGACAUUAGAAGAGAUGACAAAAGAAGUACAGAGACUGCCAGAAGAAGAGAUGACAAAAGAAGUACUGAGACUUCCAGAAGAAGAUAUGACCGAAGAAGUACUGAGACUGCCACAAGAAGAGAUGACCGAAGAAGUACUGAGACUGCCACAAGAAGAUAUGACCGAAGAAGUACUGAGACCGCCAUAGGAAGAGAUGACAGAAGAACAACAAGUACAGGGAAAGAAAAAAUUAAAAGGAAAAGCCGCAGUAGAUCAUCUUCCUCCGCAUCCAGCUCAUCCUCAUCAUCAGGAUCCUCUUCAUCAUCCUCAUCCCGCUCCUCUUCUGGCAGUAGGAGUAGUUCGAGCAGCAGUGAUUCCCACAGCAAGUCCAGAAAGAAUUCUAAGAAAAGGAAAAAGGAAAAACAACUCAAAAAGAAAGGGAAAAGGGAGAAAAAGCUUAAACGGAAGAAGGACAAGAAAAUGAAGACGGAGGAGGAAAGCGCUGGACCUGGACCUAUUCAGAUAUCCAAGUAUUUAAAAGAGAGAAAGAGAAAAAGCAAGUUCAGCAUGAUUUCAGGAAAGAAGAUAAAAAUGAAAUUGAAGAAGUCAAAGAAAGACAAGCUGAGAGACAAGAAUCGCGCAGAACUGCUUGAAUUCCUCAACUCCACAUUGUAAUGCAUGGACCGUCACCGUUAGUUGCGUUCCAGAAUCUUCCACUUUUUUCCAGAACAGAACUCAGGGAAAGAACCCAUGUGAUAAAGCUCUGAAAAAAAUACAUUUUUAGGUUUAUUAUCACAGGAAGAGAUUGGGGAUAUGGCCCAGGUUGUUUGAAAAUGUCAGUAAAAGCUAUGUCUCGGAAUUUGACUUCGUGCUGUCACUUGGUUGCCGGCGCCUUUCUGCAGACUAUUUGUAACCGAUGUCUCUGUUUUGAUUUUUAGAACUAAUUUUUACUAUAAUAUUGAAGGAGCCAGUCGCUGACUUUUUGUCUGUAUGUUUGCUAAGCAAGAUAGUGUUGCUGUGGUGGAAUUUACUGUCAUCUGCAAAGAUCUUAGUGAUGAACAACCUACCCGAGUUCAAAUUGUAUUUGUUUUCUUUGGGAUUGAUCAAAGGGGCAAUCUGCUGUUGCUAAAUCAAUUUUUAGAUUUAAAUGAAUGAUAUACUCGUUUAUUCUCGAAGAAUAUAACUUUUAUAGAUACCUAACUGUCGUACCCCACCAGGACCCAAAGUAUAAGCUUGUUUUAAAUGUAAACAAACACUAUAUAGCCUUUAAACAUAGUUUUAACCAUCAUUUGGCUGUCAUGGAUGGUCAGUCCUUGUUUUCAUAGCUCUGUCCAUGAGUUUGUUAUCCAAUUUCUCCAGCCCCAUAGCUGAGCUAUGUACCUAAUCAAUGGCAGGGUGUCUGCUUUGUUAUUGUUUUGAACUGCAGAUUUCCCCCUUUAAGCAUGCCUGGCACAAUGGAACAAAGGAAAGGUGCCAACUCUGUCCAUUUUUCUCUCCAGGCAGGCUCAAAGUAUUUGGAAUCAAAUACUAUUUGAACCCAGAUGUGAUGAACAAAGAUUUGUGUAAGCUUCAUUGUAGUGUAAUCUGUCAAAUAAAACACCAGUCUGGCAUUG